AUGAGGACAUGUCACUACGUCGUUCUCGACAUCGACAAGAGCGCAUCUGAAUCAGACAUCAAAAAGGCUUACCGUCGCAAAGCACUCGAAUGGCACCCAGACAAGAACAAUCACAGAGUAGAAGAGGCAACGAAACAGUUUGCGUUUAUUGCUGAAGCAUACGAAGUGCUGUCUGAUCCACAGGAGCGCGCUUGGUACGAUUCGCAUCGGGACGCUAUUCUUCGAGGAGAUGACAAAUCCGACCAGACUGAGGGAGUGGCUGGAACGACCGCAGCAGAGUUGAUGAAGUAUUUCAGCACUUCAGUAUACAAGGGCUUCCAGGACAACAAUGCUGGUUUCUACACUGUGUACCGCACCGUGUUUGAGAAACUAGCAGAGGAGGAAGCCGAGGCACUCGCCAACGACAGGAGCGAGGACUCUGGCAAUGUCAAGCUUCAUUUCCCUUCAUUUGGGUGCUCUACGACAGAUUAUGACGACAGCUCAGACUCGGAUGUAAAACAGUUCUACAAUGCCUGGUUGACCUUUUCGUCCCAAAAGUCGUUCUCUUGGUGCGAUAAGUACCGUCUCUCGGAAGCACCUGAUCGCAGGAUUCGCAGGGCUAUGGAGAAAGAGAACAAGAAGUUCAGGGAUGCCGCACGCAAAGAGUUCAAUGAUACCGUCUUGUCGUUGGCAUCGUAUGUUCGGAAGCGUGAUCCACGGUACUUGGCAUAUCAGGAGCAACAAAAGCAAAAGCAGAAGCAGGUUCAAGCAGAUCUGAAGGCAAGGAUAGAGAAGGAGAAGGAAGCCCUUCGCGCCAAGGCAGGACAGUUUCAGGAACAAGCAUGGGCCAAGGUUCAGGAUGAUGACGAAGAGUCUGGCGAGGGAUCCGACAAUGGUGAGGAUGAAUACGAUCAGGAGUUCGAGUGCAUUAUUUGCGACAAAUUUUUCAAAUCUGAGAGACAAUGGAAGAACCACGAGCGGAGUAAGCGGCACUUGAAGGCUGUGGAGGACAUUCGAUUGGAGAUGAUGCACGAGGAGAAUGAGCUCAUGGGUAACUCGCCUGCUGCUGAAGGUGCUGGGUUUGAUGCAGAGGAGCUGGAGGAUUAUGAGGAUGAGGAAGAGCUUGAUAUGCCGGUGCCAAAAGCCAUGACGACCGAGGAGAUGCUCGAGGACGACUUUUCAGGAAGCGAGUUGGAGGAAGAGCCAGUGGAAGUGGCAACACCUAUCUACUCGGACUUGUUAAAGUCAAAGAAGAAGAACAAGAAGAAGAAGGUCAUGACUGCCGAGCACGACCUGGGCCUGGAUCAGGAACAAAUUGACGAACUGGAUCAGGGUGGACUCGCCGAUCUGUUAGGCUCUGUUCGCCUUUCUUCCAUGUCUUCGCCAAUGAAUCGAUCAAGAGCCUCGACGCCUGGCGGUGGACGCAAGUCUAAGGGACGAAAGGACUUGUGGAACGGUGAUAGCGACGUUGAACGGGACUUGGAUGAUCCUACGCCCUCCUCGACAGCACCUGCGUCUAGGGCCGAGUCACCUGACGGCACGGGAAAGAAGAAGCUGAGCGGUAAAGAGAAGAAGAAGGCGCGUGCUGCGCAAAAGUUGUCAGCUGAAGGCGCGGGAUUGACUUGUCGGGUGUGCAAGACCGACUUUGAUACCAAGAACCAGCUGUUCAAUCACAUCAAGGAGACAGGCCAUGCAACUGCAACCGCACCAACAGCAGCUUAUGGCUCCGCAGCAGAUGUAACAGCGUCGACACCAUCAGCCAAGGACGAUUUUUACUCGUCAGAAGAUGAAAGGGGUCGGGGCAAAGGAAAGAAGGGCCGGGGGAAGCGCAAGUAG